CAAUAAACACAAAAACAAAAGAAAAGAAUAAACAAAAGAAAAAAUAAAAUAAAAACAAAAUCAAUAAAAGGAGAAUAAGAAAAUGGUGGGUUUUCGCAGAGCAAGCGGAGUGCUUCUUGUGGUAUUAGUGGUUAUGGCCACCACAAUAGUAAACGGGACACCGGUUGUCGAUAAAGCAAAAGAUGCAGCAGAAUCAGUUGGUGAUAAAGUCAGUGAAGCAGCUACAACAGUUGGCGAUAAAGCAAAAGAUGCAGCUGCAUCAGUUGGUGUUAAAGUACCAGGAGCCAAAGCAGGCGGUGCAUCACUUGAUGUUAAAGCAUCAGGAGCUAAAGGAGAUGGCAAAACUGAUGACAGUGCGGCAUUUGCGGCUGCAUGGAAAGAAGCUUGUGCAGCAGGGAGCACGAUUACAGUGCCCAAAGGUGAGUAUUUGGUAGAGAGCCUAGAGUUCAAAGGUCCAUGCAAAGGUCCAGUCACUUUGGAAUUGAAUGGCAAUCUUAAGGCUCCGGCUACGGUCAAGACCUCUAAACCUCAUUCCGGAUGGAUUGAUUUCGAAAACAUCGCUGAUUUCACUUUGAAUGGAAACGGAGCCAUUUUUGACGGUCAAGGUUCCCUCGCUUGGAAGGCCAAUGACUGCGCCAAAACCGGCAAAUGCAACUCUCUCCCCAUCAACAUCCGAUUCACGGGUCUAACAAACUCGAAAAUUAAGAGUAUUACAUCAACAAACAGCAAACUUUUCCACAUGAACAUCCUUAACUGCAAAAACAUAACUCUUGAGGAUAUUGGUAUUGAUGCACCUCCGGAGAGUCUCAACACCGAUGGGAUCCACAUCGGAAGGUCCAAUGGCGUCAACUUAUUAGGGGCAAAGAUUAAAACCGGAGAUGACUGCGUUUCCAUUGGAGAUGGUACCGAAAAUCUCAUUGUUGAGAACGUAGAAUGUGGACCGGGACACGGAAUUUCCAUUGGAAGUCUCGGAAGAUACCCUAAUGAGCAACCAGUAAAAGGAGUCACUGUGAGGAAAUGCCUCAUCAAGAACACUGACAAUGGUGUUCGCAUCAAGACAUGGCCAGGAUCUCCCCCCGGUAUCGCCUCCAACAUUCUUUUCGAAGAUAUCACAAUGGACAAUGUUAGCACCCCCGUUCUCAUCGACCAAGAGUACUGUCCUUAUGGCCACUGCAAAGCUGGGGUACCAUCGAAAGUGAAGUUGUCGGACGUGACUAUCAAGAACAUUAAGGGUACAUCAGCAACAAAGGUGGCUGUGAAGCUAAUGUGCAGUAAAGGCGUUCCUUGCACCAAUAUUGCUCUCGCUGACAUCAACUUGGUCCACAACGGCAAAGAGGGACCAGCUGUCUCGGCAUGUUCUAACAUCAAGCCUAUUCUCUCCGGAAAGUUGGUUCCAGCGGCUUGCACUGAAGUCGCUAAAACGGGUCCUUAAAUUAAAGGCGCAUAUAUGUCCACCAUAAAUCCAUCCAAUCUGGUGAAGACGCUUUGAUUAGGGUGCGAUGAUAAAGUUUUGCAAUAUUUUUUUGACAUAAAAAUUAUAUGAAUAUUUAGUACUAGAAAAUAUGGAGUCCAUUUUGUUGGUCGUGAUCAAGUCUUCAUGGUAGUUUUAUUUAGAGUCUUAUAUUAUAGAGUUAAGUAACUGAGUUUUGUUAUGUAUAAACUAUUCGUAUUACACACCGAAGAGAUACGAAUAGAAUUGUUAACUGCAAAACAGUUACACGUGUA